AUGCAGGCGGCAGGCUUGGAUGUAUGUGGGAACAUUGUGGGUCGGGGAGCAGUGGAGAAGACCAGCGUUGGCGUGAACCACCACCCGCACAGAGAGAUGGCCGCCACCAGAACCGACAAUGAAAACAACCCAGUCGGGCACAACCCACCAAACCACAACCCGCCCAAGAUUAUGGCCGUGUCAGGAAAACUGGAGCAGGCGAUGCAGAGCAGCUCCGGACUCGUCCGGCCCUCCGCCUUCAAGCCGGUGGUUCCCAAGAGUUUCCACUCCAUGCAGAACCUGGUGGCCCAGGCAGGAGGGACUGGGAGUGAGGGGAAGGCUGACGGCAGGGGUGAGGGCUUCAGUGAGGGCAGAGUAGGCAGGAGGGGCAGAGAUGGAGGGGGAGGGGAGACGGGGGAGGUGCCAGAGGCCCUGCUCCUGGACCAGGACAGCCCAGUUAGGGUCAGCAGGAGUGAGGGAGGGGGAAAUGGUACUGAAGUGGUUCAGGGAGGGAUGUCAGAUUCAGGAAGAAACUCCCUGACCAGUCUGCCCACCUACACAGGCUCGGGGUCUGGCUGCGGGCCCCCGGCAGUCUUGGGACCGCUCAGUGCUUCCACGAGCCACAUUAACAGGUUGGGCAUGGCUGGGGCCGCUGCAGGCCUGGAUAAGAUGGAAAAGCCUGGAUACCAGAACGGGCUCAGCGCCUCAGAUAGUGGCCGGUCCUCCUCGGGAAAAAGCUCCUCGUCCUAUCAGAGGCUGAGCCACCUGAGUGAUGCUCCAGCACCUCUGCGCCCCUCCCCCUCCUCUGAUGACAUCAUCCAGGACCUCGAGGACCGACUGUGGGAGAAAGAGCAAGAGGUGCAACACAUGCGCAGAAACCUGGACCAAAGUGAAGCCGCGAUCAUUCAGGUGUUUGAUGAGAAGCAGCGAGUUUGGGAACGACAGAUGGACGAGCUGAGACAGAACUACGCUUCACGCCUGCAGCAGGUAACUCGGCGAGCUCAGCGCUCCCAGACCACCCUGCAGGCCCAGAUAACGCGUCUAUCCCAGGACAAGAGGAGGCUUCAGGAGGAGAUGGCGGCUCUGUUGGCCCAGAGAGAGGAGCUGGAGAGAAAAUGCUUGGAUUACAGGAAAGAGCAGGCUGACAUCCUGCCUCGGCUGGAGGAGACCAAGUGGGAGGUGUGUCAGAAGGCUGGUGAGAUCUCCCUGCUAAAGCAGCAGCUGAGGGAGAGUCAGGCUGAAGUGACCCAGCGAGCUGGAGAAAUGGUGGCCUUGAGAGGCCAGCUGAAGGAGCUCAACGCCCAGCUGAGGGAGCGGGAGGAGGUCAUGCUGGGCCUGAAAGACUCCUACAGCACCAAGUGUCUGGAACUGGAGAAGUGUGAAGGCGAGCUGAGGAGGACUCUGUCUGAGGUGUCCAUCCUGAGAGAGAAGCUGGGAGUAUUUGAAGCAGAGGUGCUCAGUUUAAAGCGUGCUCUGAAUGAAGUGAGCCGAGGGGCUGAAGUUGUUGUGAGCCCCAACUUAGCUGCAGUGGGGCUGCUGCCACCGUGGGGAACUGUCCACUGCCCACGAAACCCAGCGGAGCCCCCCACCAACUCACUCAAUCCCACGUCUGACACCUUGCUGAGUCUUCAGAGUGAUGAAGCAAAAGCCCAGAGGCAGGAGGCUCAGAGACAAGAGAGGCAGCAGCGUGAAGAAGCACAGUGGCGUGACGUGCAGCAGCGGCAAGAUCCCUACAUGCAGCAGGAUCUCCAUAUGCGUUCGGAUCCACAGAUCCGAACAGAGGCCCAACUCCGCCAGGAGGCCCAGCUUCGUCAGGAGGCCCACCUACGCCACGAAGCCCAAAUACGCCAAGAGGCUCAACUACGCCAAGAAGUGCAGCUCCGUCAGGAGGCCCAGCUCCGCCAUGAGGCUCAAAUGCGUCAGGAGGCCCAGCUCCGCCAUGAGGCCCAACUCUGCCAGGAUGGGCAGAUGCGUCAGGACACCCAUCAGCCACAGCGGGGGCAGGAGGGUCACUGGGACGAAGCAGGGGAGCUGCGCAGGCAACUAGAACAGCUUCAGGCUGCGCUGCGCCUGGAGAGGCAGCAACGGGAACGCCAGGCCCUGAACUUCGACCAGGAGCGCCACACCUGGCAGGACGAGAAAGAACGGGUGUUAAAAUAUCAGGCGCAGCUGCAGCUCAGCUACGUGGAAACACUGCAGAAGAACCAGGCGUUGGAAAAACGGAUGAGCCAACUGGGAGCCAAACAAACCACAACCUCCACCACCAUCACUACCACUCCAACGUCCCCCACCUCCUCUACCUCUCCACCUCCUCCACCAGCCAUGUCACCUCUCUCUCCUCCGCUGCCUCCUUCCCUCUCUGGCCCCAUUGCCCUCACCCUCUCCCCUCCAUGUGAAGACCAAAAGGGCCCUCCAUCCCUCCACCAGCUCGCGCCUCCCUGGGCCGGACCGUCUCGCCUGGAGAGGAUAGAGUCAACAGAGAUUUAGACAGUUUGAUGAAACGUGCACUUCAUUUCGUUGGGCUCUCAGCUGAAAGGCCUCUAACCCAAAAACUUUUCAACAGAAACAAAAACUAAUUCAAGAAGCUGAAGCACCCUUUUCAUCGCAGCUACAUCCACGAAACAUCAGCUGUAAACUAAAGACAAACUGAACAGGAAGCUGAACAUACGGUUCAUCAUCACAGGGUUUACUUCAUCUUUUUCUCUAACUUGUUGCACACUAACACAUCUGACACUAUCUGACAUCUGAUCAGUGACAAAAGGACACGAUAAAAAAUAAACAACACUAUUACACACAUCAUUCUUUUGCCUGUGCUAGAAAACAAAACCAGACAAUCAGGGAAAUUGUCAGAAUCGAUCAAUGCGAACACAUCGUGGUAUUUAUUCAUUGUAGGUCUGUGUCACUGGUUCUGUAAAAGUAGACUUAGUGAUCAAAGUGUGUGACGUUACUUUACAUUUCUGGCCAGAGAGCGCCUUACUCCAUUCUUCCCAGCAUGCAUACGAGAAUAACUACUUAAUGCUGGGGAUUGAUGAAAAAAAAAGAAUAUAUGUAUAUCAAGAGUGUGAUUAUUUAUUUUCAGUGCUUUACUAUGAGCAAACCAGCUACACACUAUUACACACAACUGGACACACCUAUGGAGUGACUCUUCAUGCACAGGGCUCAACAUGCACGACCCGCCACAACACUAAGACCAAGAGAGUUUAUAUUUUCUACAAACUGGAUUUACAUAAAAGAUAAUCAGCUCUAAACGAACACAUUCUUUGGAUGUGAGAACUUGACUUGCUUUCUUUUCAGAUUCUCUGCUGUGACUAAAAUAUUAACACUAGGGGUCAUUGGAGAGCUUUCACUGAACCCCCCCAGCUGAACAGGACGUGAACGUGCACACACAAUUUGAAUUUAGAUAUUAUGACAAUUGUGUUAUUGUGCGUUUGCAGCCAAAAUACAUGAAAGUGCAGUCAGUCACCCUAAAGGGAAAACAUUUUGUAUAGAAUGUAUGAUAUUCUAGCAGACUGAAAAAAACCUAUUAUAGUUAAUGUGUGUGUGUGUGAGAGAACGAGUUUGCGCAAGCGAGUGUGUGCAUGUGUGUAUACAUAUAAAAAGCUUCAGCUUAUGACAUUGAGGAUAGAGGGACUAGUGGCAAUAGAAGUGGAGAUGCAUUUAGAUAAAAAGGGAUUUCCUUUUCCAUCCAACCAUGUGAGGCUGAAUUUUUAAACUGGGGAUAAAUGUAUAUCUUGGACAAAGUUUUACUUUCUUCUGUAUAUUUCAUGUACACAAAGCAGGGGGGGACAGAAGUUGGAAACAAAUGCCUGAAAAGUGGAGCCUUUUAAAGGAGAGCGUUCAGGCUAAGUGCACUACGUAGUGUCCCAAACACAAGUUCUGAUGUACAGUAGAGUCCGAUGUGAAUAUCAUGGCUUUUAUAACUGUUGUUUAUGCCAGCAUUAAAAAGAUGUUGC